CUGUGGCUGUUACUUGAUACAUUCCUUAUUAUGUGAUUAAUUCUUAAAUUUCUUAUUUUUUUCCCCCCUCAUUUGUGUACCCUGUGGGAUUCUCUUGGUAGGUCUUGAGGGCUUUGCCAGCUGUUACUCAGCUCCAAGCAGAGUUUGUGUUACUGCUUGUGAAAGUUGGGCAGCACAUCCUCAGAGGUGCUGAGACACAUGUUCUGUGCAGAGGGGCUAUAAAAGCUGUGCUGUGUGAAGCACUCUCUCAGACUAAUCCCAGUGAGAUGCUCAGGCACCCUUAAAAUCUUGUUUCCCAGCCUUCAGUGCUCAGGGAAUAGCACUUGCCAGUUCUGUUUGGGAGGAGUGGGGGUGGAAAUAAAUCCACCCACUGUGAUAAUUUUACAGGACAGUUUUGAGCAGUGUUAGUGUUGGUGUUUUCUUGAUGACUCCUUUUUUUUCGGAGUAAGUUGUGUCAGCAACUUCCUCCAAACCUGAGGAGCUCCAACAGCUCUCCUGCUCUGCCAGUUCUUGGAGCUGAGCUCACAGCUUGGGCACGCUGAGCAGCUGUCACUCAGCCCCUGGCACUGCAGAGGGGAUAGAAGGAACCAAAGAGCAGGAAUUUGGGAUCUGGCAGGGGGAAGUGCCCCCUCCUGCUCUGAAGUGCUUGUUGGAAACCAGUGUGGUCCAGGGCAGAGAUGGCUCUGCUCCAGCCAAGGGACUGCUGCAGAAUUUUAAUCCAGAGCUGUGGGAGCUGCAGUAGGGGAGACAGAAUUUCUCUGUUGAUUUUGGAACAUUUCCUUCUGGCCCACCCAAAGACUGGGCUCUACAUUUAUAGUAUUGGUUGCUGAAUGGCACUCCCACAUGAUACCUGUACUUGUGUGUGCGCAUAUAUAUAUAUAUAUUUAUAUAUGUAUGUAGCUGGAUGGUGUGGGAGCUGUCAUGACAGAGCUGGUGUGCUAUGAUACACAGUUGGAUGCUACUUGCAGAAUUUCUCCAAAUAACUGCGCCUUCAUGUAUUUUCAGUCACAUAAAUCCUGUACCUUAACUGUACAUGUGCAGCAAAAGUCUUGGUCACAACAGCUGCCAGCUGAGGAAACACUUGCUGACUCCACAUUUGUCUCACACCUCUGGAAUUACACCCCACAUCCUGGAGUUUUGCACGUUCCUUCUCAGCUGCAUUCAUCAUAUCAAUCCCCCAGAGCCCAGCUCUGACACUUUAAACAGCCAGCAACUGCUUCCAUACAGUUCUUGGGGAAAAAAGCCAGCCCUGGCCUUCCCCUUCCUCUUGCCGCCUGUGAACUGCGCCACAUGCAGGUCUUUGCUCUUCCUUUUCACUGUGUGUCCCCUCAGAUUCUCUCACAGAAUCUAUGUCCAACAUUGAAAAAACUCCAGUAGCUGCUCCCUCAGAGAAGCUCCUGGAAGAAAGUGCCAGUGCUGGACCUAUGGCUUUCUUUUGUAACCUAGAAACUGCACUGAGGUGAUUCACUUUCCCUUCUUCAGGAUCCAAAGCUGAAGCCCUCCCCUACUUGCUCCCACUAAAAAGGACAAAAAAAACUGUUGGCUUUUAUCUUCCCAGUGCCACCAUUCAGAACUCCACCCUAUAUCCCUGUGUACUUCCUAGACAACUGAGCGUCCUGUGAUACUGCCUCAGAAACCCCAAGGGCAGAUCUGAAGCCAGAAGUGUCUAGACCCUACUGGCAAAGUGUGGCAGCACAAAAAGAAAUACAUUUAUUUUGGAAGGCAAGCAGCUCUCCCUGGUGUUCCUGAUGCAGAUAAGAGGCUCCCCAGGAGAGGUGAAGGCCAGCACCUGCUUUCUUUCAUGGCACUUCCAGUGUGGGAGUAAUCCUCCCAGGAGCCCUGCCCCAACAUUUGAGUGCUGCCUCCAGUGUUGAAUACAUCCACCAGGGACUGCUCUAACACAGAAGUUCUCUCCCAGGAGCUGCUGCUGGUUUGUACCUCCCCGGGGCUGCAUCUCCUGCACCACCAACGAUGGGCUGAGGUGCUGUCCUUAGCAGAUAAAGGCAUCCUCAUCCUCUUUCUGGAGCUCGCCUCCAGUAUUUGGAUCCCAGCUCCAAAACUCUGUGUGUCCAGGGAUCUCUUUCAGAGAAGCCUUUUCAGAACAGAAAACUCAGUGGUUCAUACCUCCCUAGGGAGCCCUGUAGUGUCAUCCUUUUUGUUUCAGCUGGCCAGCAGCUGGCAAGGAUGGGUAUGAAUAAAUGACUGCUUUAUUUAAAUUGAUUAGAUGAAAAUGUAAAAAGAGAAAAAUGCAAAAAUGGCAAAACUACAAUCUGAUCAGAGUUAUUUACUACAUAAUGAAGCUGCUAAUACAGUGCUCUAUUUAUUGCACCAAUAACAUAGCCAGUUUAAUAACUAUCAAAUAGAGGUUGAUGUUACUCACCCAUGUCACUGGCCAUGAGCAAGCCUCUCAUUCAGCCUCCAGAGCUGUCCCUCAGGGGUGUUCCCAGCCUAGGGAAGAAUCUUCAUGCAUCUCAAGGAGAUAUGCUGGGAAAACUGGGACUGAUCUUUCGUAGUAUGAAGAGAUUGACUGUCUUGCAACUUUUAGAUUCUGUGUUGUCCUCAGCAGAACAUGUUUGAGUCAGAUUUUACCAGCUCUUUGGUUUCUGCUCAAAACUUUCAUCUCUCACUUCCCUACCAGGCUCUUCCACAUCCCUGUUGAUGCCCACCUCAUUUAGGAGGAGCACCCUCAUGAGGGGCCUAAUUUAAGAGUUUGGUCCAGCUGGUCUCAGCAUUCUUCACCACUGAACCCAGUGUCCUACUAAACCCCCUGGUUUUUAAUCCAUCACCAAAUAUUUGUGAAUAAGACAAAGAAGGGGUUCUUUAAAGCUGUCACAGCCCUUCCAAAUGGAACAGCUCCAGUGGCCCUGCCCCUCAUAAUGCAGUUGCUUGUUCCUCACACCAGUCCCGUGGUCCCAGGAACAGGAGAGCUUCAUCUCCAUCCCUUACAGAGACAGUGAGACCCCUCUGGAGCUGUGUCUGUGUCUCCAGCUCCAAUGCCUAUGUUCCCACUGCUUCCAGCUCUCCCACUGCUGACUGGUUUCUAGGUCUGCCUCAUAUCCAAGGUUUCAUCCAUUACGUGUAGCUGUGUCACCUUAGGGCAAAGGGAUCUCACUGGAGAAGUGGGAAAUCAGGUGGAUGCAGGGAAAAGAAGUCUCUCCCACAUUGGAAGAAGUCAUGAAGGUCAGCAUGGACUCUGCAUUUAAGUGAAAAAAGGUCUCCAGAAGAAAAAGAAGGAUGGCAUUAUCUACUUAGAUGUUUUUGCUUCAAUAGACUGGAAAUAAUAGAGCUCCAGCUCUGGGUCAGAGGCAUCCAUCCCAUCCCUUCACUGCCCCACCAGCUCUGUGAUUCUGUGCUUGCUCUGCCAUGUAACCCUGCCCCUCACUUAAUCUGCUUCUUAAAAGCAUUUCCCCAGUUUUUCUGAUGUUGCAGCCUUCUCCACUCCCCUGCCUCACUGCUUUCUCCAAGGGACAGGUUUUACCCUGUCUUCCUUUCUCAAAGGAAGUUCUUUUCACUUCUUGGCCUCAGCUUCUGGAGUUCUGUGGUUUUUGCUGUGUGUCCAAGUGUGUUAAAAAGGACUAAAUAUUCCAUAUGCUCCCAUGGACUACAAACAAAAAGGUAAAAUUUAAAAAGUGAAACUGCCUGAGAAGUCUCAUCGUUUUAGGUCAUUUGCGUUACCUUGGCAUUUCCAAUCUCCUUCAGAGAUGAUGGAGGUGGUUUGCCCUGCUGUUUGAUUGCGCUCAUCCCUGGAUGUCUGUGGGACAUUUCUAGGCCCCACUGUUUGCCCCGUGUCACAUCCUGGCCACCAGCCACCCUCGUGUCCUCUGCUGUGACCACCUCAGGUGUGCGGGGACCAUGCUGGCUCACUGUGCAGAUCAAAGGGGACUGGAGGCUGUCCAGGUGGAUGGGCACAGGUGUCCCCUGCUGCCCUCAGCUGUCACCCCAGUGCCACUCGGCCCUGCCCAGGGACCUGCCUGGCACUCUCGGGUGCAGGGACAGCCGCUCUCUGCUCCCAGCGCCCCGGGGCUGUCCCUGCGUGUCCCGAACACCUCCCAUGUGACUCCAGGUCACAGGGUUUGGCCACACCUGUGCCACUCACAGCUGUCUUCAUCUGUCAGCAGGAAGCAGGGAGGAAAGGAACCAGGGCAGGAAGGGCAGGAAAGAAGGAAGAGAGAGAGGGAGAGGUAGGGAGGCUGCAUUCAGCAGUGAGGAGCAGAGUGACCGAUAAGGACCGUGCCAGAGGCUUCCAAUGUCCUCCUCAACUUCCAGCAGCACUUUGCCCAGCGGCCUGGCCGUCCUGACGACCUUCCCAGAUGUGCUCUUCAUCCCUGAAAUCGUGAGUGCUGGCUUGUCCCUGGGGGAGGGCCGUGGCUGCUGCUUGGGCACUCAGCACAAGUUGUGCUGCAGGUGUCCGAGGGGUGACACUUGUCCCCAAACGAGUGGCUCAGGACCCAUGCCAGGUCCCUGAGCCACAAGGGGCUGGAGAGCAUCUCAUCCUCGGAGAAAACCACGGGCUCUGAAGCUCUCCUUUAGUCUGCGGUGGGAUUUUUCUGGAGCCUUUGAAAAACGUUUUAAUUUCCUGCCUGAAAAAGCAGCAGGGGUUGCUGGUGGGUUUAAGUGGGUUGCCAAAUGGAGCCGCUUAAUUACCCGGGGGUGAUUUUAGUGCAUAGCCCAGGCAGAGGAUGAACUGCUCGCUUGGAGCAGGGGAUUAGGGCGAGCAGAGGGAAUUGUUUGCAGCAGCCGGGGCUGCGCUGCUCCAUCGCGGCAUUCCUGAGCCGCAGGUGCGGAGCUGCGGGACCCUGGGCGUGUGGGUGAGCGAAAGGUGAGCAAAGGGUGAACAAACACCUUGUAACCUCUUUCCACAUUGUAACUUCAUUGAGCAGGAGGAGAUCAUAAUCUUAAUGGACUUGGUGCAGGUGGUUAAAAGCAUUUGCUCUGAGCAUAGGUUAUGAGAUACAAAGUCUCAGCUUGAACUUUUUCCCCUUAGUUUUCUGGCCCACGAAUGAAACGUGCUCCUCUCAUAAGAGUUUGGGAGGCUUUUUCUAAUUUCCGAGCGCUUUGGUCCAGCUCUGGCUGAGUAUUGUAGGAUGCCAUUCAAAUUAUUUCAUGGUAAAAACUGCAGUUUUGCCAUCUGGCACCAAAUCCUUUCCUGUCACCCAGCUUGCUCCCCCCUCCUGGGAUUGACAGCGUUUCCUUCGUUCUCCUGGUGAUAACAAUGUAGCAAAGAGGAUGUAGGGAACGGCUUUGCUUCAGCCGCUCCACUCGUGCUCUGCAGACCUGAUCUCUGCCCGAGAGCAAUGCCCCGGUUCCCUGCAGCUACAGGAAGGAAGAUGCUAAGUGCCUGUGGAGGUUUUGGCCGGGCUGACACUUGCCAGCCACCCCUGCCCCUGAGUUAUGUUAGUCCUGUUGGCCUCAGAGAGCUCAUUCCCCUCGAACUGUUUGUUUGUAAUCCCUGUCUCCGGGGGAUUUGGCAGGGCAGCUUGCUGAAGUGAGCACCCUAUCCUUGGUUUGGGGAAGGUCUGGAAAUGUGCAUCCUGAAGGCCCAGGAACCACCCAGGAAGGAGGAAUGCUGCAUGACUGGAUUUCUCCAUCUCCAGGCAGAUUCUGGGCUGUGCAGCUGUGUGACCUCUGCUGUGUACACAGGAGGUGGCUGCCUUGAAUCACAGGGAUAAAGAGUUUCUCAUUCCUUAGUGGAAUCUCAGUUUGCCUACCAUCGGCCAAGAUGGUAACAUAACAAAACAAAACAAAACAAAAUUGGCAUUUGAAAUGCUAAGAUGGUUGUGAAAUUUUCAGAAGAUCCUACCUGCAGCCCAGAUGAUUGCCACAUUUGCAUGGGCUGAUUAAAAGUUACAAUUUUUAAUCUGUGAGGCUCACUUUAUUUCUUGUAAUCUAUUUAAUUUGAAGAACUUUCUGCACAUAUGGAUACCCUGACCUAUGUGGAAAACCUGAAACAAGCUGAAAGCAGAUAUGUUUGCUUUGUAAAAGCUAUUUAAAGGUUGAAUUUUUUUCUUAGACUGUCGUCCACAUCCUGCUGUGAGUUAUUGAAAGCCUCUCAAUCCUUCCUUCCUUUUUAUGAUUCUUCACCAUAAAACCAAAGUCAAUAAUCAAACCACAUCAAACAGACUUUUCUGAGUGGGCAAGCACAGCCUGCAGGAAGGAGAGAUGGUGAGUGGUACGAAGUGAGCUGUGGUGCUUCUUUCCCCAACCUUGUAUCUCACCAUAAUUUGUGCCUGAUUUUAAUGGAGCAUAAUGCUUUUCCCCAAGAUUUUUAGCUGCAACACACUCAUUGUGUCAGCCCAUGAGUGAUUAAAAGGACUGGAUUAGUGUUCAAGGCUCAGCCUUUGGUUGUUACAAGAGAGACCAGAAGAGCAGCUCUUUGGAAGACCCAUUUUCACUCAGGUCUUUGCCACAUCUCAACCACAUAAUUGAUGUAAUGUCAAUUUGCAUAAUGGCACCAACAAACUUUCCUACAACUGUGGGGUGACACAAAUGAUGUAACAUUUUCUGAGUUACCAUAAAUCAGAGACUUCCUUUCUACUUGCAAAAUGCCUGGAAGGAAAUGGAAAUGAGUAUGAGCUGGCACUCAUUUGGGACACACUGGCCAUACAAGGAUCAGAAUGACCUUAGAGUCAGCAAGGCUCUCCUACCUCUGGGCAUUUGCCUGAAUCCCAGACUGGCUGGUGAUGAGGGAUAGGUCCCCACAACAGCACAAAUCCACAGAGUGUGGGCUCAGCUGUGGAGCUCCUUAUCCCAGGAUGCUGCACAGACCGAACUUCGCACAAGUCCAAGGAACUCAGUCCAACGGGGCUGAUUUGUGGCACAGAAAAGCUACUGAGGGCAUUUCAGUGUAAAGGCACCACUUGCACUCCAGACAUCCCACAACACUGAACAUAAUGCUCCUAUCCUCUUGUGCAAGAGUCUGCUGGUGAAUGGAUGGAGCCCAGACAUUGCUGUCCCUGUGUACCACCAGGAAACCCAUGGCAAACUCCCAAGGCUGGCUGAGAAGGUCCCACUCACUCCCAAACCAGCAGCUGGGACCAGGCACAGCUCUGGUGUAGCCAAUGAAGGAUGACCCAAAGAACUGGAGCAGCAACACAAGCUUCCUUUCCCAAGCAGGAGCUCUUUUCAGGCUCUUUUCCCCUACCCAGGGAGUCAAACCUCUCCUCAGUCUGUUCCCUCCUUUCAGAGUGAUAUUUGCAUGUGACCCUUGCGAGGGCAGGUUCUGUGCUGCUUGUGCAGGUGAGCUGGGUUUGACACUGCUCCUGGCAGGGAUCUGACAUGCUGGGUGUGAAGCAAACACACCUCUCCUAAAUCAGCCUCCCGGUUCAUUAAAGCCAGCUCUCUGAAGGGUCUGAGCCAGCCUCCUAAGCACACUGGUGUAGGGAGGGUGUGAGUGGCAGUGGCACCAAUGAGGAAUUUUUUUUGGUCAGGAUCAGUGGCAGAUACUCCCAGCUAAAUGCCCAUUUUCGGGUGGAGGCUGGGAAGAACUCAUGGGCUGCUGCCAUGUGCAGUGCCAGAGGCACGAGUGGCUUUUGGCUCCGCUCUGGACAAGUCACUUUAUCCCACACUCACCAUGUCCCCCACUUUGACUUGCAGAUCAUUGGGGGCCUUGUGUGGAUCCUGGUGGCAUCCUCGAAGGUCCCAUACCCCAUGCUGCAGGGCUGGGUGAUGUUUGUCUCCGUGUUCUGCUUCGUCAUGUCCAUCUCCCUCCUGUGCCUCUACCUCUGCGGGGCUCACGGCGGCGGCAGCUGCUGGGUUGCCUUGGAUGCCAUCUGCCAGUGCACGGCAGCGCUGUUCUACCUCAGCGCCGCGGUGCUGGAAGCCUACACGACCUAUUCCCUUGGCCUCUUCCCAAUCCUGGCACAUCAGUACAGGGAGAACAUUGCUGCCGUGGUAUUUGCAUUCGUGGCCACCCUGCUUUACGUGAUCCACAAGGUGUUCUCGCUCCUGCGGUGGAAAUCAUCCUGAGAGCCUGAACAACCCCAGAACAAUGGCUGCCCUCUCCAGGCUGGGUUUGGGUUUUGUUUUCUGAUGUAUAGCCUAGAAACAAGCAGCUUUCUAUGUGGGAUCUUGGUGAUGAAGACAACGAGCUUGCCAGAGAAAGCAAUAUCUUGGCACAAUCUGUUUCCCUUCAAUAUCUUACAGGCUGGGUACAGUUUGAUGCUGGGGCCAAAAAAAAAAAAAAAAAAAAAAAAAAGCCAUUCAGUUUUAAAAAAAUAUAGUACAGUUGGGUUCAAAGGGCUAAAAUAUCCCUGGACUUCACCUUUAUGUGUCCAGGGUUGUUACUGGUAUCAAGGGAAAAGUGAACAACAAACACCAAGGAGCACAAGUGUGAAACCAUGUCAGUUUAAUUGCUGUGUGCUCAUUUAAGUGUGUUUCUCUCCCUAAAACCACUGUACAAAUUAAUAUUUUCAUGCAGUUUCUGAAAAUGCCUUCUCUGACUUGCAAUGAGCAAUGGGAACAAUAUUUAACUCAGCUGCUGAAUUCUGAGGUAUGACUGUAAGGCCAGGAAUUACCACUGCCCUUGAUCCCACCCCUGCAAAGCACAACCUGGAAGGGGCCCAGUGGGCUGUGGGAGAAUUCUCUGGGUGAUCAGAAUCAAAUCCUCAGUAAGCAGAGGCAAUCAACUCCUGCAUUGGGUGAAUGGCUACUCUCUCACACACUGCCACGGUGUCACUAAUAAAGAUGGGUUUGCUGUGAUUUGGAGAA